AUGAACAAAGAAAGCAAGUCCUCAUUGAGACAGGACUCUAUACCUAGAGCCCACAGGCUGUCAUUGAUAGCUUGGGCUAUGAUUUACAAUUCAAUAGUGACACCGUUCAUCUACUUGAUUAUGAUUAUGACUGAUUUCACACUGCAAUUGAUGAUGAUUUUAUGCAUAUACUCGCAUUUCGAUUCAAUAAGCUUUAAUCUCAGUGGACUUGAGGGACUGCUCGAGCUCCACGAUUACAGCCCAGCUAAUUUUAUUCAGGAGAUUAUUGCUUUUGGUUUCUGCCUGAUUAUCAUUGCCACGAUCUUGAUAUUGAUCUUUAAGCAAAGCAAGUAAAUGCUUAACAAUCACUAGGAGAAGUCUCUGUUCUUUAAAGUGAUUUCCUUCAUAAUGGCGCUUUUGAGAUCAUUUAUGCUGACAUAUUUUAUGCUUAUCCUAGCUUAUAUUUCUUAUUUGCUCUACUACGGUCUUGCUUUUGGUGAUAAUAUAUUUCUCAUCGCAGCUGUUUAUACUAUCGGUUCCUAAUUCGUAUUUACCGUGGAAAUAGCUUAUAGAAUAAGGAGUUCAUUUAUGUUCAACAAACUAAUCUUCAAUACAACAAUGCUAAUAGAUACGAUUCUAUUUCACUUGGUUCUAAUGAUACUGCCCUCCGAACUAUUCAACGAUGACGAAUAUUACAUCUUUAUUUUGAUUACUUUACCAAUAUGGAUACUGUUUGUUUGGUAUUUAUAAAGGUAGCAUUAAACCUAAUGGGUGAUAGACAAUAUCGACAACUUCAAGCAAACGGAUUAAGAGAUAAUGGUAAAUUACCUGCUGCUACUAGAUUACUUUAUAACUUACAAUCAGUACACACAGACAUAUUUAGGUCAAAUCUAAUAUCUUCACUAUAUUAACUGUAAACAUUUCAACAGAGGCAUUGAAAGGAAAAUAAUUAAAAAGAAGUAAAAAUUCUUAAAGCAAUAGCAGAAUAAUAUGUCUAAAAAAGAUAACCUCAACUAACUCUAGGAUGAAACCUAUCAUGAGUCACAGUUCUUGCUUAGAAGUAGUACUACCACUUAUGUUCUAAAUGCUGGCUAAUUGGAAGAAAUCAAAGAAGAAGAUGAUGGCAAGUUUGAAGAUGAUAAUGGGACAUUUACCAAAAGCAAGAAAUUUGAUGAUCUAGUAAGAGGUGAAAUGAAAAAAGAUAAUAGAUAGAUCUUUAGAAGAUAAACAACUAGAUUAAUGAAAAAGAAGAGUUAGAAAUCUACAAAAAUUACAACGUUUGAUUUAAAAGGUGCAAGCUCUGCAAUUCCAGACAAUAAAGAAUCUAAUAGUCAUCAGUUUUCACAGCUAGGUGGAUUGAUGUAGAAGCAUAAAGGAGUCGGUCGUGAUGCUUAAAUUGAAAACUCAACGAUUACAAUGAAGAAAAAAGAUAAGUAAAAGAACAAAGAUGAAUUCAAUUUAGAGGCGGAUGACUAACGAGAAAGAGACAAGGAGAUUAAAAGAAUGAUCAAGCAUUUCUUUAAGCAUCAUCUAGUCUCUGAGAAGACUUAAGAUUUCAGAGUGCAUCUGCUUAAAAUAUAUUUCACUAUCAAGAUUUUAAGGAAUUAGUACCUAGCUCAUUUUCUAAUGUUUGAAUUUAUACAAAAAUCAUCAAAAAACAGUAUUAUGGUAAAAAAUUAAAAGCUUCUUCAUCAAAAAUUGUUUGAGGAUAUGAUUGUUAACAAGAAUAACACUGAACAGCUAAUAAAAAUUGAUCUAGAAAAUAUGUUAGACUUAAAUCAAUUGUUUGCUCAAUUUGAAUUUAUCUUGGAAUCACUUGCAGAAAAUAUCUUGAAGUUCUGGCUUAAUUUAUCUAAUGAAAAAGAUGCAAUGAUGAUAUAUGACAAGGGAGUAUAGAUAUCAGCAGAUUUAAACUAGCUAUAAAGAGUUCAUGCUGAAAUAGAAUCCAAACAAGGAGAAAAAAAAGAAAUAAAGAUCAAUAUUUUGAUGUCAGCAUUUUACAAGUACGUGGUAUUUAAAAAUAAUGAGUAUAUACAAGAGAUGCAAAAAUCUUAGCAAGUUGUUCAAAUGAGAAAAAUAGCAAAUGAAAAAUUUGACAUAGCUGGUAGAGAAAAAGGAUUAAUACUUUCAAAGAUAGAUUUGAAAAAACCAAUGGAAAUAAAAUUUAUUAACAAAACAGGCUGCAGUUUGAUCUAAGUAGAUAGGAAUAAAGCUAUUGGACUAAAAAUAAACCAAUUCAUGCCUUAAAUUAUCUAAGAGAACCAUAGUAAGUUUAUAGACAAAUUUAUGAACACAGGAAGGACUAAUUUACUAAAUAAAAGCAGGAAUCUUUUCAUUAGGAGAAAAAAUGGUUAUGUCAUUCCAGUAAAUAUUUAUCUGUGCAUCAAUCAAAUUGAUUUGAAUAGUAUGAUCUUACUGCUGGACAAUUCAUCAGAUUAUUUCAAGCCUUUUCCCGAAAUUGAGGAACCAUAAUAGUAUGGGUUGAUUCUAGCUGAUGAAAAUUUGAGAGUGUUAGAGUUAACAAAAUAAACAUACUAAGUUUGUAGGUUAUCAAACGAAAUUAUCGAACUCUACAAGAACACUUAUAAUAAGACACCAACUAUCGAUGAUUUGUUUAGAAGUGAGAUGGGAUCUGCAGAUAUUUUUACUAACCUAAAUAAUGAUGUUAAUGACAUUGAAGUUUCAAUAAGAUAUAAUGAUUUACUAGACUUAAGAUAUGAAAUAAAUGAAGAAAAACAUGAGGAAAUGAAAGUAAAUACUAGUGAUAAAAUUUAAUCGCAAGACUAAAAAUCCUAAAAGUUUAACAAUUUAAAUUAGAUUUCCUUCAAGAAAUAUCCAAAAUAAAAUUACAAUAACACUAACUUCCAAAUGAAUACAAUGGAUAAAUCCUAGCUUUUACAAAUGAUGAGUGCUGCUACCUAUCAACUUAGAGUUGAAAGUGAGACUUUUUUGAAUGGAGCGCUUGCCAUGAAAAUCAUCCAUAUUAGAUUAUUGAAUUUACCUGUCCAAAGUUUCAUGAACUAUGGAAUUGGCAUGACUACUAUAGCUCAAUAAUCUUUUAAGUAAUUAGACGACUAAAAAUCAGGCAAAAGCGGAGCAGUAUCAGAUAAUCCUAAUGAUAUAGACAUUAAGAAUGAAAUGACUUAAUCACUUACUGGUCUUAAUAUGGAAAUUCCAGAAGAUUUUCUUGAUCUAACCAGUUAAACAUCCACAACUUCAUCAAUUACUAAUGUCUUGAGUAAAUUUGACAUUACAUCAAGUUAAAUUGAUGGCAAAAGGAUACCAUCUACUUUGAAAUUUGUUCUUUAGAUCGUGCUUAUUAUACUUAUGCUAGUUGUUUCUACAAGCACAGUAAGUUUAGUCCUUAUUCAAAGUAACUUUCAUGAUGCCAAACUUGGUAUUGAAAUGAGCAACUUGAGUAUUGCUAGGCUAAAUGCAAUUACACAAACCCGACUUUUAAUGAGAGUUCUCAUUAAUAUUCAGUACAAUUACAAUGAUGCUAAUAAUACAGUGCUAGCAGACAGAUAUGCUUUUUACACUGAUUUGAUUGAAGAUUAAAUAGAGUAGUUGAGAAGUUUCUAGGUAUAAUUAGAUUAAAAAGACUAAGAAGUUGCUAAUAAGGUUGGUGAUGUUAAACUCGAAUUUCUGACCUCCUCAGCAUCUUUUGAUAGCCAAUAUCGAUCUAUAUCCUAAGCGGUAACUAUCUAUAUUAGUUACAUCAGUGAUUUGAUAUAAACUGUUAGGUAAAAUGGGAGGACAGCACUGUAUAGCAAGCUGGUAUAUUUUUACAUCCCAAUAGAAGAUAUUAGGACAGCAUCCAUUACAGAGAGAAAAAUGUAUUUUGUAAUCUAAAAUGCCAAUCAAGAUUUGUAUUACUAGUUAAACAGAUUUGCAGAAGUUUAUAUUGCAUUAAAAUCUGAUAGAAUUGGUUAGAAAGUUGACUUUUCAUCUACGAUGACAUGGAUAUGUAUUGGGAUCAUAUUCGCUUCAGGGAUCCUAAUAAUACCCCUUUUUAGUAAAAUUUAGAACAGAGUAUUCUAUCUGAUGACAAUAUUCUUCUAUAUAGAUAAAGCUCUCAAAUAAUAAUUUACUAACAAAAUUAUGACUUUUCAAAAGUUUAUCUCAUCUUAAGAGAAAUUCAAGAAAAAAGUAAUGAGUGGUGAACUAAACAUGACUUAAGGAUUUUAAUAAGAUUCAAAUUAAAAGAUUUAAGGUAAAAAUUUAUCACUCUUAGGAGGAGGAUUUUAAAUGCCAACAAUUCCAGAAUAACCUAGUUAAGAAGAAGAAAAAAUUGAAGAAAACAAACAAAAUAGAAAAAUUGUGCAUAAGCUCUCUAAGAAAUAGUUCAAUUAAAGAAAAAAAUCUGUUGAAAUAAAGGAAGAGGACUCAUAAUCCCAAGAAGGUGAAGAAAAUAUAAAAGUCUAAGAUUAGGAUGAAGGUGAUUAGGAUCAAGAUGAAAGACAUUAGCAUAAUAAAAGAAAGAAAAGAAUGAUUCAGACAACAGCAGAUCUAGAGAGAUAAUUGACAUCAACAGAUGAAUUUUAAAAACACUUUAAAAGAGCAAUAUCUAAGCGAAAACUAACUUAAUCAUUUUUAAUAGUAAUCUUGAUAUGCACUUUCUAGUCAUAUUUCCUUGGAACUUAUUUCAUGAGCUCUAAUAGCUUCACAGAGAUGUCAAAAAGUGUUGAGGUAAUAUUCAUUUUGUUCUAGAGGAAAGCUUGUGGAGAAUCAGUUAUUCAUUCUAUAACUGAGGGUUAUCAGUGGAACGAUACUUAUUGGAUUAAUAGAGGAAAAGAUGAGAUUAUGGAUUAUUACACUAAAACAUGUUUCAAACUGGAAAGAGAUUUUCAAGUAAAAGUUAGAAAAGACAGACCAUCAUUUUUGCAAGAAGCAGUCACUUUGAUAGAUUUGUUAGAGGAGGGGAAUUUCUGUGAAUAGAUGUUUCACGAUGGAGAUGGUUUUAGGACUCUGACAGUAACUACUUAAAAAUGUAAGGAAUUUGCAGGCGGUAUAACCUUUAAUGGAAUGACAAAUAUUUACUAAACAAUCUACAAAGUUUGCUAAUAGUUAUAAAUUGAAUACCAAAAUGCAUUUGAUACUGGAGGAGAUAGGGGUCCAGAUUUUAUCUACCCAAGAAUGAGAAAAGCUGGAAUCUACUUAGAUGUUCUUGAAACUAUUGUAUCAAAGCCUCAGUAAAAAAUAAAUGACUUAGUUCUAUAAAGUCUCUAUGAUUAUUUUGAUAAAUCUGAGAUGUAUUUUAUCAUACUAUUUUCAGGGUUCAUAUUAAUUACUUUUUUCGCUGCUCUAAUUUUCUUUUGCAGUAAGUAUACAUUAGAUUUAUUCUUAUAGGAAUAUUUGUGA